AUGGCCUCGGUCGCCGCUUGGCUGCCCUUUGCCCGGGCGGCGGCCAUCGGCUGGGUUCCUAUCGCCACCCAUCCUCUCCCACCGCCACCGAUUCCGAAAGAUCGGAGAAAAGCCGAUGACGAAAAAUUACUGAUAAACGUGUCGGGGAGAAGAUUCGAAACGUGGCGAAACACCCUUGAAAAAUAUCCAGAUACUCUAUUAGGAUCCAACGAAAGAGAGUUCUUCUACGACGAAGAAUACAAAGAAUAUUUCUUCGAUAGGGACCCAGAUAUAUUUAGGCAUAUCCUUAAUUACUAUCGCACUGGUAAACUUCAUUAUCCGAAACACGAAUGUCUCACUAGUUACGAUGAAGAAUUGGCUUUUUUCGGCAUAUUGCCAGAUGUAAUCGGAGACUGUUGCUACGAAGAUUAUCGCGAUAGAAAAAGGGAAAAUGCCGAAAGACUCAUGGACGAUAAACUAUCGGAAAACGGUGAUCAAAACCUACAGCAACUCACAAACAUUCGUCAGAAAAUGUGGAGAGCAUUUGAAAAUCCUCACACGUCAACGGCGGCAUUAGUUUUUUAUUACGUUACCGGAUUUUUCAUUGCCGUUUCCGUUAUGGCAAACGUCGUUGAAACGGUACCGUGUGGAAACCGGCCAGGUAGAGCGGGUACCUUGCCCUGCGGUGAAAGGUAUAAAAUUGUGUUCUUCUGUUUAGACACCGCUUGUGUUAUGAUAUUCACGGCCGAAUAUUUACUCCGACUAUUUGCGGCACCCGAUCGUUGUAAAUUCGUACGAAGUGUCAUGAGUAUAAUAGACGUUGUUGCCAUAUUACCUUAUUAUAUUGGUCUCGGUAUAACGGACAACGAUGAUGUUUCCGGUGCUUUUGUUACAUUAAGAGUUUUUCGAGUUUUUCGAAUUUUUAAAUUUUCAAGGCAUUCUCAAGGACUCAGGAUUCUUGGGUACACAUUGAAAUCAUGCGCAUCCGAACUUGGAUUUCUCGUUUUUUCAUUAGCUAUGGCCAUUAUUAUAUUUGCCACGGUCAUGUUUUACGCCGAAAAAAAUGUCGACGGCACGAAUUUCACAUCGAUUCCAGCUGCUUUUUGGUAUACUAUUGUUACAAUGACAACAUUGGGUUUUCUCAAAAGAGUCUUUUGA